CAGCCCUCUUCCUUCACUUCGCCCAGCGGUAGCAGUGUUGACAUACCGCUGCAUUUCGUUUGUAAACAUGGCGACCGCUGCAGCCGCUGGAGAGGAUUUGAAAAAAGAGCUCACUUGUCCCAUUUGUCUGGAAGUCUUUAAGGAUCCUGUGAUAUUGAAAUGCGGACAUAAUUUCUGCAGAUUUUGCAUCUGUUUGCAUUGGGACGAAAAUGGCGGAGAUUACGGGUAUCAGUGUCCUCAAUGCCGGACGGUGUUCAGCAAGAGGACUUUUACUAAAAACUACCUGGUGCAGAACCUGGUGGCUAAACUGGAUGAUUUGGAGUGCCUGGGGUCUAGUCCCACCCCGUCUAAGCCCGUCAAGGCUGACGGGAAGUGCGAACAGCACGGCGAGGAGCUGAAACUCUACUGCCAAACGGAUAAGAGACCCAUCUGUGUCGUCUGCAGGGAAUCCAGAGCACACAGGCAUCAUAAAGUAGCACCAGUGCCAGAGAUUAUGAACGACAUGAAGAUGGAGUUGAAACUGAGGCUGAUGGAGUUCACCUGGCAGAAGACUCAAUGUAUCAAAGUCAAAACCACAGAUGAGCGCACCAAAAAUGACGUGCGGAUGAAAAAACAGAGACUCAAGGAGAAGAUCGAGGCGGACGUUGGUGCGUUAGUGCAGUUCUUACUGGAUGAGAGAGACUCCCUGCUGGAGAGCUUGGAUGCCGAGGAAGUUGCUGCUGUAGCUGUAAUCGACGAGAACCUGAAAUUUGCAGAGGAGGAGGCAGCCGCUGCAGACAAGGCCAUAGCUGACAUCCACAGACACGUUAGUGGCAACACCAGCUUUGAGAGCCUGGCUGAUGUAUUCAAUGAAUUGGUUCAUUACAAGACAUACAUAGAUCUGGAGCCAAUUAUGUGUCCAACUGAAUUUACAGACUUCUCGGGCCCCUUCCAGCUGAUCAUGUGGAAGAAAAUGAUGCACGUGCUGCACACCAUGCCUCAGAACCUCACUUUGGACCCAGACACCGCUCACCCUAACCUGCUCAUCUCAGACUUUGACACCAAAGUGGAGGAGGACCGCAUUCGAAGCCAAGAACCGGACCUGCCUGGCCGCUUCACUCGCUUCUGCGGGGUCCUCGCCACAGCCCAGUAUGCCAGUGGCCAGCACUACUGGGAGGUGGAUGUGAAGGACAAAGGCGUGUGGUACCUGGGGGUCACCACUGAGUGCAGCAACAGAAAAGGCUUUGUCUGCCUCACUCCUUCUGCGGGGUAUUGGAGCCUCUGUUUGCAGGAUCGGCUGUACGCCAAUGGCGAGGACGGGCGCAUUCCUGUUGCCGACUACUGGAACUCCCCUCGCGUUGGCGUGUACCUGGAUUACGACAACGGUCGUCUCAGUUUCUAUGACGCUGUGACUAUGAAGAGACUAUACAUGUUUGACACCUGCUUUGAUGAGCCCGUCUAUCCUUUCUUCAGCCCAGGGAAGAACGAUCCAGGGAGCAGACUCCAGAUUUGCCACUAUUAUUGAGCGGAGUCGCCAUGUGUGGCUUUUAAAGCUGCAAAAGAAUCUGCCCAUUGGCCUUUAGUACUGGUCAGUCUCCUCAACGGGAUGGGGAUCUUUCACUCACGCAUGUUGCACUGUUUUUUGCGGGUCCUGUGUUUAGAAGAAUGUGGUGCGCAGAGAAUCAUUCACCACAUGGGAUGGCUCUUCGCCCUGCAGGAAGCUCUGCUUUAUUUGAACUGCGACACACACUGUAGGUUUCUAACCCGAAUUACUGUGGCAGAGGGGGUUUGAGAGGGGCUCUGCUGACUAGAUUAUUUUCAACAGGGUUGCAAAUGCCUCAGAGACUCUUGUCAUCAUAUAUUUAUUUAUUAGGCGACAUUCUACAGGAUUAGAGGAUUACCUACUGUUUUUGGUUUUUGUGUGUGUCAGCUUUGGAUUUUUAUCAAGUUGUUUUACCGGACACUGAUCAAACUUUACGGAAAAAUAGUCAGACUUUUAUUACAAAUGACAAAAAAAAUUCAGUUUUUCAAGAAGUAAAUACUUCAGUUGAAAAUGCUGCUGUCCUAAAGUGUUCCGAUUUUUGGAGGUUAGUCACGUUUUGCCUAUUUUUGUGACACAGAAAACCUGUGUCCAUGUUUAUUGUGAAUUUAUUUUCCUUCUGGCGAGGGAAUGAGGCAGAAAGGCGACUUUAAACACCUAGAUCACAAAUUAUUUUUUAUUUUAUUUUUUAUUUUUUUUAUUUUAAAACAUUCCAGUUAUGUAAAUAUUCACUCCAUUAACUUGAUGAUGAAUACAGUUGUAAAACUGUACAUUGGGUCUAUUCUGCUUCUGGCUAUGAUUUUAUUUUAAUUCAUUAGAAUUUUUUACUUGAAUUGUAGAUUUAUCAAUUUUAGUUGAAUUGUUUUUAUUGAUCUGUUUCUCUUCUGAGCAUAAAGAUGUGAUCAAAGUUUGAAAAUCUUAUAACUGAUGUUUGCUUAAAGCAGGAACUUGCCUUUGUUUAGUUUUUUUUUUUUAGUUCCGUGAAAGGCUGUUCGUUUCACAACAUCUUGCUUUAUCUUUUUGUUUUUUUUGCUCAGUCGUAUAAAUUUGCUUUCUGUAGUUUGUUCUCUUCAGGCAAAUUAAAAGACAGGAAAAAUAUUUCCUUUUUGUGAUUGUACUGUUUUUUUUCUAUGUCAAAAUAUUCAUUUGAAUAUAUUAAAUGCUAUUUCACUA